AGAUGGGUCCAGACAGGAAGGUGGACGUCCCGGUUCACGAUCUGUCGCUGAUCCGAGGAAUCUGGGAGGUCCGGGUCCAGAAACACCGACGGAAACAGAGGGAGGAGCAGGAGAGGGUGGAGAACAGCGCCCUCGCCAGGAUCGACCAGCAGUGGCAGUACCGCAUCUACUGCAGGAGCCUGAAGACCAAAGACCUGCAGCUGCUGGGAGCUCCGCCCUGCACAGGACACCCCCAGGAGGAUCCGGCCAUCCCGCCGGAGCAGAAGGACGCCGACAGGUUGACCUUCAGGUUGGAGGGAGAGCGCUGGACGGCCUUCCCCGGCGAGCUGCAGUGGAGGACGUACCUGCAGGAGUGGUGCGUUCAGGGAACCAGGAUCCAGCAGCUGCCGGACUUCCUGGCCCUCUUCACUCAGCUCACUGUGCUGGACAUCCCCAAAAACGCCAUCAGGGAGCUGCCGCCGGACAUUGGCAGACUGAGCGAGCUCCGCCGGCUGAACGCCAGCUACAACCGUCUGAGCGCCGUUCCUGCGGAGCUGGGGGGCUGCCAGAAGCUGCAGAGGCUGGAACUGGCGGGAAACGGCGACCUGUCCGAGCUGCCCUUUGAGCUCAGCAGCCUGAAGCAGUUGCUGCACCUGGACAUCGCGGAGAACCGCUUCGCCUCCAUCCCCAUCUGCGCUCUGAGGAUGACCCGGCUGCAGCUGCUGGACCUGAGCGGCAACGGGCUGACCGACCUGCCGCAGGACAUGGACAGGUUGGAGAACCUCAGCACUCUCUUCAUCCACCGGAACCACCUGUCCUACCUGCCCAUGUGUCUGGCCCACAUCCCCUCCCUGAGGACGGUGGUCGUCAGUGGCGACCGGCUCACCUGCACCCCCACAAAGAUCUGCAGCAACCCAGACAUCAAGUUCAUCCGGCUCUACGACAAACCCAUCAGUGAAGACGGGAGGAGCCGGGGAGAGGAGGGGCGGAGCCGGGGAGAAAAGAGGAGGGGCCGAAGGUGGACUGAGCACAGAGAGGAGCAGAAGGAAAGCAGCGACAAAGAGUUCAUGGAGGCGUACCUGAGCUCGCUGGAGGACAGAGACACCGUCCCCUGCUCCACCACCAAGGUCUCCUUCUCCUGUCGGCUGUGAGGAGGAUGAGGAGGAACAGGAAACGUUCGUCUUCUUCAGUGGAACCAACCUGCGCCUCGAGUUCUACAGGGUUCUAGAUCGGCCCGGUUGACAUCUCAAAGUCUGAAGAUCUCAGCAGCCGAAGCUGCAGAUGCAGACAGCGCCACCUUCAGUCUCAGUCACCGUAGUACGCCUGCAGCUCGUAGACACAGGCGGGUCGAUCCUCUAGGCAAAACGCUGGUAAAAAGUCUGAUCUUUUCUGAUUGCUGAGUUUAUUUUAUGACUUUAACGUACUUUCUACUGCAUCAUUAACCAAUCACGUUCAUGUUUAUGCUCCAGUUAACAGCAGCAGUAAGUAGGAGAAAGGACGACUGAAGUAAACCUAAAGUAUAACAAGAGAAAAUGUCAUUUUUAGGGAUUCAUUUGAUUUACUUGAAUGUUCCUGUUUGAGACAGGAAGUCUUUUAUUUUGAAAGAAACUCAAGUGAGCUUCUGUCUAAAGUAAAAACUUUUGAGAAAAUUCCAAUUUAUCUUAAUAUCUACGUAUUUAUUCACAACCAAUAAAUGUAAUUCAUAGUCAUUAUAAAAAACGACACUAGGAAAACCACAUUUUCCCAAAAGGGUAUUGUAAGUUUUGCGGCUCCUAUUUGAUCAGAACCAAACAGGUCCAAAUGGCUUUUUGACUGGCAAAGGUUGCAGACGUCUGGACUGGAGGGUCAGCAGAACUCGUGUGAUUUAUCUGAAUUAUUUCUGGUGUUUGUAUUAUCAGUUUUAUGACUAACAAUCCAGUUUGAUAGAAACUUGUUUUUGUAACAUUUCUGCUUUAAAUGACUGAAAUAAAUCUUUUCCAAACCCAAAAGACCCUCAGGUUCAAUCAUAAUGAUCAGAU